UGCAUGACAAGGAAAAUGGCGGCCUCCAUAAGGGAAAAAUACCUUGCCCGUUUCUCUGCAAAAUGGCCGUUUGCUACAAAGGUCGAAUGUGAAGCUCACAAGGAAGAAGGAUUGAUGCGUGCAGACUCUGAGCAUUUGAGAACUAUUUUCAAUAAGUAUGCCAGCGUGACUGAAGGAGAUGAGAAGUUUAUGACAUAUCCGGACUUCAUUCAGAGAUUUCUGCAGUUGUUAGACACCAAGGACUAUAAUGAGUACACACUGCAGCUUUUCGGCAGCAGUAUCGAUACAAGCCGAGAUGGCAAAAUCUCCUUUACAGAGUUCCAGGCAUUUGAGCACCUGCUUUCCCUACCUGAUGCCAUGUACAGGCUAUCUUUCCAGAUCUAUGAUCGCAAUGGAAGUGGCUUCUUAAGCUUUAAGGAGUUUGAAGAUAUAGUAAAACACACAACUCUACACAAGACAAUACCAUUUAACUUUGAUUGUGACUUUAUACAACUACAUUUUGGUGUGGACAAAUCACGACGCAUUUCUUACGCUGAAUUUACACAGCUUAUACACGAUUUCAACGAAGAACAUGCACUCCAGGCUUUCAGAAAAUUUGACCAUGAUAACAAUGGCUAUAUAAAUGCAAAAGAUUUUGAAGAAAUCAUGAUUUCUCUAAAGAGUUACCUGCUCACACCAUUUGUACAGGAAAAUCUAGUAUCUAUUUUUGAAGUGCGUUAUUUUCCUGAAAAGUGGUCAGAUAGUUAUGUCAUUCCGCUACACAAGAAAGGUAGUAUUAAUACUGUUGAUAAUCGUGGUAUAACAUUGUUGAGUUGUCUUGGAAAACUCUUUACACGUAUCUUUAAUAACCGAUUGAAAAGUUGGGCUGAAUAUUACAAUGUAUAUGUAGAGGCACAGGCUGGAUUUAGACCUAAUAUGAGUACCAUUGACAAUGUCUUUGUAUUGAACGGUUUGAUCAAUCAUGUUUUGAAUCAGGGGAAACAACUAUUUAAAGUGUUUAUAGACUACACAAAAGCGUUUGAUUAUGUUGUUAAAGAUAAUUUAUAA